UCGUUCACUCAGUGAGUAGGCAAUAGAAUAGAAUCUAAUUAUUUUCGUUUUGAAUACCUACUGUUUUCAUUUAUGUUAUUGUGUGUUAACCAGUGUAUUUAUGUAAGGAUACGAAUAUUCUACAUAUUAUAGUUUAGAUUUUGUAUAAACUAUAAAUUUAAGCUAUGGAUCUCGAAGACAAUGCUCUGGGCCUAACCCAGGAGCAAACUGACAAAAUUUUGCAGUUUCAAGACCUCACAGGAAUUGAAGAUAUGUCUAUAUGUAGAGACGUUCUGCAGAGGCAGCAAUGGGACUUAGAGGUGGCUAUUCAAGAACAGCUGAAUAUACGAGAAGGACGCCCGUCGGUGUUCGCGAUAGAGGCGCGAGCGCCGCCCGUAGUGCAUGAUUACAUAGCACAACAAGUUUUCACAGAUGAGCCCGCAGAAGGCCCAGGGGGUGUCCGGGGCCUGUUCCGAUAUGUUGUCAACCUAGUUGUAUCAAUGUGCUAUAGUACAAUAACAUCAGUAUUAAAUCUGUUGUUAAGUUUCGUCCGCAAUGAUGAUCGGAGAUUGGUCACAGACCCCCUCGGUGACAUGGUAGGCUUCAUCAACAGCUACACAUCAAAAUACAACCAGCAUCCGGUGUUCUACCAGGGCACAUAUGCUCAGGCGCUCAAUGAUGCCAAGAAAGAGCUUCUUUUCCUAAUAGUUUAUCUGCAUUCGGAUGCAGCUGCUGAAACACAAAACUUCUGCAGAACUACGCUAUCAGACCCAGAUGUGAUAUCGUACAUAAACACACACGCACUCUUCUGGGGGUGCUCGAUCGACACGGCCGAAGGCUGGCGGGUGGCGCAAUCGGUCGGCGGGCGGCGCUACCCGCUUCUGUGCGUGGUGUGCGUGCGGGACCACCGCAUGACCGUGGUGGCGAGGAGCGAGGGGGCGUGCAGCCCGCAGCAGUUGCUGCAGCGGCUGCAGCGUGUCGUGGCUGAUAAUGAGCUGCAUCUCGUUGCAGCAAGGGCUGACAGGGUUGAACGCGAAGUGACGCAGCGUCUACGAGCGUCACAAGACGAGGCCUACGCGGAGUCGCUAGCCGCCGACCAGGAGAAGGAGCGGCGGCGCGAGGCCGAGCGCUCGGCGCGAGCCCAACGCGAGGCCGAAGAAAACAUGCUGCGGGAACAGGAGGUGAAUAGGAAGCAAGAGGUGUCGGCGGCUCGGGCGGCGCUGGCGGCGCGGCUGCGGCCCGAGCCGGCGCCGGGCGCGCGCGCCGUGGUGCUGCUCAUCCGUCUGCCCGGCGGCGAGCGCCUCACCCGCCGCUUCACCACAGACACCACCACACAGGACUUAUACGACUUUGUCUUCAGCCACCCACAGUCCCCAGAAGAGUUUGAGAUUACGACGAACUUCCCAAAGCGUACCAUACCCAAGGGCCUCUCCAACCUCACCGAGGUCGGCCUCAAAGACAGGGAUGUCCUGUUCGUCACCGACAUGAACGCUUAACCAGUGAGUUAUGUGAUCUUAGAACUGAGCAAUGUAGUGAGAGUAUUGACUUAAUACUUUAUUUAAUAUUUGUGAAUGUGUAUUUAAAUCCUUUGAGUCUUUAUACGUUCGACGUUUAUUCCAUCCAAAUUGAGUUGAACAGAAUAACCAUCUGAAUAUUUUCAAUUUUGAGGGCUUAAAUGGUUUUGGUACAUAUUUGGUUAUCUGCAUGACACUGGCGUUUAUUGCCCUUUGUAUUGCAUCAAUAUCGGCCAGGGUGGUAGAAAAUUUAAACCACUCAACGCGUUCUCACAUGAAGUGUAAAAUACCUUCUCGAAUCCAUUCAAUAUACAAUUAUACAGUUAUCUGGUAUCUGUUUGAAUACCACAGACAGAUAACGCGAAUGCAAGCAUGUGCGCAAUUUGGAACACACCCAUGUGAUAUUGAGGGCAUAUACGCGAACGUGCUUGCACUAUUGAAAUUGUUUUUUAAACAUAAUUAGGGUUAAUUGACCAAAAGAUAUGGGUUCACUUUGUUAUCCACAAAAUAGGCGCAGUUCCUCUGUCGAAUGUGUAUAUCAUUGUUAUGAAUCGGUUUAUAAUAACUAAUCGAUACUUUUACUCAACUGUAAAAUUCACAAUACGUUGAAAAUACGUGAGCUUAGCGAGCGGUAAGUUGUUUUCGCAUGAAAUCUAAGGUGCUCAGGGUGUGAGUGAACCUUUGUCAGAAAAAAAAAACGACACUUUUGGAGUUCUUUAGUGAAUCCGAGAGAGGUUUCAAUGAAAUUCGCCAUGUAACAAUAACUCAUCUCAGAAAGGCACCAAUAAUUCAUUCCUGAUUUCACGGAGUUGAACUUUUGUUAAUCCGUAAUGUUAACACGAAUACUGGCUUUAUAUUAAUUGGUAAAUUCCAAAUUAUUUAUUUGUUAAACAUAUGUAGGUAUUAAGCACCUGCCCUUUAAUAACGAUCGCCUUAAACCUAAUAUGAUCGGAAAGUUGUAAAAAAAUCAAUACAUUCAUUCAUAUGAAUUCUGAAUAUUGUUAAACUAGGAAAUGUGGUAAUUGUUCAAUACCAAAAUAUCAUUUUUGGUCACAAUUUUAGUCUUUAAAAUAAUGCAUAUAGGAAUUAGAUGUAAAAUAUGUAGGUAAAGAAACUACGGUCGUAAAGAAUGGCGGAAGCAGCAAAAAAAGAAAUCAUAAUUAAAAAGACAUUUAAAAUUAUUAUUUUUUGGAUUUCAACACUUCUAUGAUUUUUUUUUUGUGAUUUCGUACUUAAUAAACGAAUGUUUAUUUCCAUUUGUAAUAAUGUUAAUCUUCCUCUCACUGGGCACAUAUUAUUAUUAUUAACCUUCGAAAGUUCAAAAAAUAUUAGUUAACUAACUGCUAAAAGGUUAAUAUUAGUGCAUGCACUUUGAAAUGUGAUAUAUCUGUAAAGUGAGUUUGAUAUUCAUAAAAUAUUCAAAUAUAUGUCCAAAAUUAAAUUCAACUCUUUCCUAUGGUUGUAUAGUGUCAAUUGUUAUGUUGUUUGUUUUUGUUUUGAUAUAUAGCGGACUUGUUUUGUUCAAUUUUUAUUCCAGCAAAGAAAGAUGCAUAAUAAAAAAUAUCGGAUGUUAAAUUUAAGUUGUCUUUACCGAAAUAGAUUUGUUUUAUAUCUGUAUGUUGAUAUUAUUUAUUGUGAACCUACUCUAAGUGGUCAAUGUAGAGGUAAACUUAUGUUAUAAGAUAGCACAAUUUUAUAUGACGAUUCUAAAUUACCGUUUAUAAUUAUCCGCGGCUUCCCCCAAUGAUAUUUUUCAUUUGUUUUAAUGGUACGUUAGGAAGUAGGUGCAUCUCAUUUCACAAAAAAUCAUACUUUCAUCUCUCAUUAGCCAGUGCUAUGGAAUAAUAUCUUUAAGCCCGGCGCCCGUUAACGGUAAGGCAUGGCACGUCUCUGUAGCUUUGGCAUGCCUAAGGAUGCCUUAGCACUUUCCGGGUGCGGCUAAGGUGCAGUACGCCUUUGCCGAUAGUGGGCGCCGGGCCUAAGUAGAGCUAUUUUGAUUAUAUUCAAAACCAUUUAUUCACUAAUAGAACUUUCACUAAACUGGAUUUACUGAAAACAUAUUUUGACCUCGGUUUUAAAAAUUUACUAAUGCAAUAGUCAACUUUUGAUUUAAAGUAUCGACAGAUAUGGUCUAAGAGCUAGCCACGGCAACAGGUAUGCAAUUUAUAGAGCAACGAAAUCCCUCUAGUUAGUAUGCCAUACUAUCAUUAUUAAUUAAUCCGGGCGCCUGGCAGCUGUUUAGCGGUGGGUGUGGGAGUGGAUGAGCAACAAAGUGGUUGUAAAAUCAAUUGAAGGUGUGCAAUUUAUAGACCUCUGUGUUUGGUGUGAUAUAAUAGCUAAUUAUAUAUUUAAUUCAAAUAUAACAAUACCAGGCGUUUUAUUUGGGGGAAAAGUAGUGCCAGGUGAUGAAAAUACACAAUCACUUGUGCGCCUGCAGGAAAAUCACGCCUAGGUAAGUGUUAGGAAAAAGUAGAAGACAUACAGACAGUGCAAUUUGCUCGUCAUCUUCCUGCAGGCGCACAAGUGAUUGUGUAUUUUCAUCACCUGGCACUACUUUUCCCCCAAAUAAAACGCCUGGCAUUGUUAUAUUUGAAUUAAAUACAUAAUUAGCUAUUAUAUCACACCAAACUAAGAGCUCUAUAAAUUGCACACCUUCAAUUGAUUUUACAACCCCUUUGUUGCCCAUCCACUCCCGCACCCACCGCUGAACAGCUGCCAGGCGCCCGAAUUAAUUAAUAAUGAUAGUAUGGCACACUAACUAGAGGGAUUUCGUUGCUCUAUAAAUUGCACACCUACUUCCGUGGCUACCUCUCCGGCUAAUAUAACAACUAACACCCGGUUCCUAUGUGUGAUGCGCCUUAUUUAUAUAUUUCAUACCACUGCAUUUUCGUUCCAGCUUUUGCUUAUACAUACAUUAUGUAUAUGUAUUUAUAAAUACAUUGUGUAUACAUAUUUGUCAGAUCUACUUUAAGUAGGUGACCCGUGAGAGUGGUUCGAGUGUGGUGUAACGGACAGUGGCUGGGCCUGCAUUUACGAAAACGGACUUUGUAAUAUAGUUUAUUGUUUGGUUGUAUAAUAAUUAUGUUCCUUCCAUAAA